GCUUUCAUUUGGUUAUUCGUUCAGUUUCCUAAACAACGCAUCAGCUUCAUGAACUAGGCCUCGCCUACAAAAUUCCAUAUCACUAUUUUGUAUGUUACAACAUUAGGCUUCACUCCAAAUUACCAGCCUAACACAUCCCUUGAACAAUGAUAGUAUAAUCAACAAUGCUAACAUCCAUUUCUCUCUUUCACAUGUACUCAAAUAUCAUCAAUGUUUUCUCUACCUUACAUUUACAACACAUACUAUCUAGCAGAAUGUUGUACGUCCUAGUAUCGAGAGACCCACCAUGAGAACCCAUCAUGACCGAGAACUAUUUCUGCAACAUUAGACUCGAAGAAUAAAAUCAGAAGUAUGUGCUACUUUUUAUAGAAAGUUAUCUUCUUUUGUUUUCAUGAAUUUAGCAAUUCCAUCCAUGAUAUAAAGAUGAGAUUCUAAAAAUAACAUAAAUAAUAAUAAUUAGUAAAACAAUGAAUGAAAUUCUAAAAACUUGAAAUAUCCAUAUAAUAUUUUCUCUUUUAUUUUUGGGAACUUUAUCCUCAUGGCAUGGAUAAGGGUGUUUCUUAUAAUCCUGAGUUGGGUCGAAAGCUGAUGAUGAGCUGUUUUGGUCUGGACUUUACCCAAAAAUCAAUUAGGUACUGGAUCAAUGUUAUUUUUAAUGUUUUUCUUACGUUUUACACUAAAUUAGAUAUCGUCAUGCUAUUUCAUCCAUCCAAAUCUUUUAGUAAAUCACCGCUUUCAAUUUCAAUAGGGGUAUAAAACAGUAAGAAGGAAAGGAAUUUUUUCAACCUGAAAAGUGUAGACUUCUUUUUAUCCUAAAUCAAAUAUCCACAUCCUACAUGAGCCUUUAAUUUUAGUAUUAACGUCUUGUCGCAUACUCGUUUUGCAGUCCGAAAGAGAAUUUAUAUUUUAUUGAUACUACCAUAAGCUCACAUAUAUAUCUCGUUUGUGGACAGAUAAACACAGUCAUUUCCUUAUAAUUUGCUCUCUCUCUCAUUUUCUUGGAUCAGUAUUUCUUUGUUCUUUCUCUGUCUUCCUGAGAACCUCACCCCAGAUAUGGCAGAACUAAGUUUCUAUGUUGGAGUUAUAGGAAAUGUGAUAUCGGUGCUUCUCUUCCUCUCUCCUGUGGAGACGUUUUGGAAGAUAGUGAAACGGAGAUCAACAGAGAAGUACGAGUGUUUGCCAUACAUUUGCACGUUGAUGGGUUCGUCGCUAUGGACAUAUUACGGAAUAGUGACACCUGGUGAAUACUUGGUCUCCACGGUCAAUGGCUUUGGUGUUCUUGCUGAAUCCAUCUACGUUCUCAUUUUCCUCUUCUUUGUCCCGAAACCUAAAUUUUUGAAAACAGUUGCACUGGUUCUUGCGCUGAACGUGAUUUUCCCAGUUAUAACAAUUGUGGGAACAAGAACUGCAUUCGGAUAUGCAAAAACACGUUCUAAUUCAAUGGGUUUCAUUUGUGCUGCUCUCAACAUUAUCAUGUAUGGUUCUCCCCUUUCCGCCAUUAAAACUGUUGUGACGACGAGAAGUGUGAAGUACAUGCCAUUUUUGCUGUCGUUUUUCCUCUUCUUGAACGGCGCGAUUUGGGCUGUCUACGCUUUACUCCUGCAUGAUGUUUUCCUACUAGUGCCAAAUGGAAUGGGAUUUGUGCUUGGGACAAUUCAACUCCUAAUCUAUGCGUUUUACAGAAAUGCCAAACCUAACAUAGUAGAUGAAGAGGAAGCCCUCGCACCAAGCCAACCUCUCCUCUCAUAGCAAUAGCCAAUCUAUCAUUUGUUUAGUGAUGAAUUUUAAAUAAUUGUAUUUGCUUUUUCUUUUGGCGAUUGUUCAUUUUGAUAGCAUUAAUAAAAAGCCUUAGUUGAAAGAUUGUGAUUAUGAAUAAGAUUUCAAAAAAUUAUUGAUAAAGUUAGAUAAAUUAUUAUCAUUUGUUAUCAAAAUCAUUCAAGAUGUAACUAAUCAAUCAUUUAUAAUUCAUGUGUCACAUUGACAUAUUUCAUGUUAUUUAGUCAUGAAUUAUAAAAACUUUUAUAAACUUCAUUGUUUCUGGUUAUAAGAUUUAUUAAUGUGCCUUAUUUAACUAGUGAUUUUUGAAAACAAUUUCAAGUCCACUGAUAUUGAAAUUGCUUUAAGAAAUAGUUUUUACUUUUUAAUGACUUCAAAGUGUUUUAGAGUAAAUUCCAUUGUUAUAUGUGAAAUUAGAUUAAUUAAUAAUAAUUCAUAAUAAGUAGAUGCAAGAACUAACUACAGGGAUUCCAGAAACGUACAUCAUAUCGUGGCAUAACUCUCCUUGACCUUGAGGAAGGCUAAACUUCUUGAUGUUGCCAGUCGAUGCAGUAACAAAAGCAUUCCUGAAAAAGGCAGAGAGAUAAAAGUAAAACAAUGAUGGUAAAAAUAAUUAGUGUGCCAUCUCUGAGGUCCCAAGGUAAAAAUAAUUAGUGUACGAUCUCUGAGGUCCCAAAAUUUAAUGGUUGAAUCAUGAGAUCGGUGACAACUUUAUCAACAAGACAACAAACUGAAGAGUUGAAAUAAUACUUAUGCUUGUAAGCUCAAGAGUUGGAACAAAACCUAAAGAGGUAAAUCCCAACAAAGUAAGACACAAAAAGCUUAAACAAAAGCAAACCAAACAUAAAGCCCAAGAAACGAACAACAAAUUAAACGGUCUAGAACACUAGGUCCAGUAAACCUUACAGUUUGCGGCCAUAAACCUACAAAGAAAAAACUCGUUGGGGAAGAAAGAGACACGCACCCCACGUGUCCAAACGCCCAUCGUU